AGGCGGGUACAUUUUGCAUGUUGGCAUAUUAUCCAUUAGGAUCCAUUUUAAGUCAGUUGUUAUUAGUCCUGGUAUUAUUGACUACAAUAUAUAUUAUUUUACAGAUUUUUUUUUUCUGUUAGUUUUGAAACGUAUACCCGCCUUUAUGCCACACGUCUAACUAAAUAAACAGUUUAUUGCAAAUAAUUGUUGUAGAAAGCCCGAUGCAACAAACAGAUUUACAUGCUUCCUAGAGAAGGGUGCCCGUACCAACAUGGCUACUGCGUUAACGCAUCGUCUAAGCGACCGCUACGCAUUUACAUUUGUGCAUUUCAAGCAUCGUAUUUAUUUCAAUGUUAGCGGAUGUAUGGCAAUAAAAAAAAACUGUAUUCAAGCGAACAAGUUGUGGAUAUUUCAAUGUUGUCCUCAGCGUAUCACUAUGUCGCAAAUUAAAAAGACACAACUACGCAUGCACAACGGUUGCUGUGGUUACCUGUACACAGGUUUUCUCUUACAUUCAAAAUGGUAAGUUUUGACAAGUUUUGUCUAUUGAAAACGAUUAAUAUUUAGAUUAUUUUUUUGUCAGAACAUGUUUUACAUUACUUCCGGUGGAGUUCACGUUUUUAAAUGGGUCAAAACGUCCUAAUUUGUUUUCUCACUAUUUUUUUAAAAAUGAAAAUCCUACCCUGCAAAAGUAUUUCUGAAGGUGAAAGAAAACUCAGCACAACAGUUGAUCAGUCACUUCCUUUGUAUCAGUAUAACAGAAAUUUUAAAAAGCAUCUUCAUAUCAGGAGACUACAUGUCUAGUUUUUCUACUAAGAGCUUUUUUUUUUUAAAAACAAAAUUGUACUAAUGUAGUAAUGUAGUGUCAAGUUACAUAAAAUACCAUUAAAAUACAAGGAAGUUUGUAGUUGUGAUGCAAUAAAAUGGGAAAAUGUUUGUAAAGUUAUAAUAAUUUUGCAUGUAAGUUAGACACAAACUGGUGUGUUUAUUGUUUAAAAUCUUUUAUCUUCUAGAGUGUCUCCAGACUUGGCAUGACAAUGAUCUCUUAAACUAAAGUAUUAUCUGGAGAUAAUACUGUCUUUGUCUUUCUCUUUGUGUGUUCUUUAUUUUGGUUUUCUGGACCUUGGAAUCUUAAAUGUAAAAAUGGUCUUCUUCAAAUCCUAAUGUCUAAUGUUAAACCUUGAUUUCAUUUUUUCUUGCAUGUCCCUUUGUAACUUUCUUUUUCGCGAAUGAUAGCCACCCAAGAAGAAAAAGGUAUGUGCGAGAAGCACACAGUUAGUCCAUUUAAUCUCACAAUAAAUACCUUUAAUCCCUAUACUUUCUUUAAAUUUAAAUUUUCCUACACUAUCCAGUCUCUAGAUAGAAUAAAGCAGUUAGCUUUCUCUGUUAAACACUCUCAUUUUGGAUGUUUCUAGAAGAAAGGCAGGAUGACUAAAGCAGAGAGGUUAAAGAAGCAGCAAGAGGAAGAAGAGGCAGCCCGGCUGCAAGCCGAAAAAGAAGAACAGGAGAGACUGGAAAGACAGAGAAAGCUGGAGGAGAUACAAAGGCUAGAGGAAAAGGCAGAGCAGAACAGAGACUUGGAGCUUACCGAACUGCGCCUUCUGCUGGAGGAAAACUACUCUGCAAUAAUCAAAUGGAAGGUUGAUGCUGCAGAAAAGGCAGAGUGGGAGAGAUACAUGCUUUGCGAUGGAGUCCCAGACGCAAAGGACCAGCGGGCGGUCAAUACAUUUGUCACCUUGUGGAAGGAUUACUCAGACUCCAACAUUGGAGAGGAGCUUCAACUAUGCAACUCAGCAGUAAAGCUUAUUGAAGACUUGGAUGAGCUUGUGAAAGAGGCCAAAGACCCAGAGUUGGUCCCAAAGUACCACGAUGCUCUCAUAGAGGUCCAGGAGAUUCUCCAUGCUAAGCACCUUUUCAUAGCUGAGAAGCUCCUAAAGGGAGCAAGCGACAACAUUGACCCUGACACAAGGAACAUGCAGACUGUGUCCAAACAUACAAACGUGACGCUGUGUCUCUGGGCCAACCUUUUCAAAAAUCCAAGCUUUACAGGUUUCGACUUUAACGAAGCUGGCCUGAGCUUUAAGCUUCCUGAGGAGCUGGCUGUGAGCGACAUCGCCGUGCGGAUCCUCCACACCCACUAUGACCACCUGUCAAUACUGUCCAGGCUCAGGCAUGCACCUCAGAAGCCGAUAGUGGAGGAGAUUCCGCCGCCCGUCCAGGAGCCAGAGGAAACCCAGGAUGGUGAUUGCACCAGUGAACUGCCCAGUUCCCGCCACAGUCCAACCAGUGAACCGUCCAUAAAAAGCACCAGCCCGCCAUCUUCAGAGGAAAGCAUGAUACCUACACAGACAGAAGUACUCAGUGGUCACAGUUCCAGCCUGGUUUCAUCUGUUUGUCCAACCAAGGAUCCAUCUUGGCCCAGCUUGGCACAGCUGAACUGCUUGAGUUCCGCUGGGCCUGAAUUCGAAGAGACAGAAAAUGACUCAGAGGUUGUAAAUCUGGUUCAGUACACAACCCUGGGUGGAGUUUUCUACUACGAUCUGCUUCAACUCCCACCUCAGCCUAUCAGGAGGAAAGGGUACACGAUACUGCAGAUGGUGGACGGGCUGAAGGUGUUCCCUUACCCAACAGAAAGGCCCAAGAAUGAGGAAUGUCCCGAUGACCCAACAGAAGCACCCAACAAUGAGCCGUGCUCCCCCGUUGGGGUGUGCGUUGUGCUUCCUGAGUGGGUUAUCUUCAUGGAAAUGCCACUUGUGGCUCGCUGGGAUGCUGAAGAUGGCCGCUGGCGAAAGGAUGGCAUCACCAACGUCUCCUACGAGGAGGCAGAAGGCAAAAUCUCCUUUGAGAUGGAAUCAUUCCAGAUCUUUACACUGAUGCACAACACCUUCGCCAACUUUCCUUUCCAGGGCUGGGAGCUGCGGCCGCUGGGCCAAAACUCAGCUGUUUUUACUGUCAAGGGGGCUCUCAUUGAGGUCUCCAUCACCAUUAAGAAUAGUCAGUGUAUGCUGCGGCUGGCGCACAGUAGAGGCCUCUCUCACCUCGUGGGGCAGUGGAUGAGCGCACCAGCUCUGCAGAAAGCCAUGCUCAAGGCAGGGAUCAACAUCUUUGUUAACGAGAACACACACAAAUACGUCAGUGUCUGCAAGAAGAACCCACUUAUAGAACAGUUUGCUUAUGACCAGAUGGCCCUCUUUGCAUCAGCUUGUGCUUUUAAAUGGAGCAAAUGGAACGCCACAUGUGGAGAGGAGAAUCUGGUCCUUCAGGGGUCUGAGCACCUUAAAAUCUGCCUUGUACCUGAAGACUCUUGGAGUACUUACUUUAUGGGUUCACAGAGGACAAGGCAACUGGAGAUCACUGAGAACAGUAAAGACUUUUCCAUAGACCACGCAGCUGGCAGCGAGUUCCACUCCACACUCAUCCAUCUUCUGCAGGAUAGCAUGAGCCCUGAUGGGUUAGCUUUGGUCAGACAGUCCCAUUACUGCUUCAUUGACACUGUGCAAACCCUGCUUUCUGCUAUUAGACCCCUGGUUUUUUCAUAAAUUGUGAUAGACCAGGGGUCAAUAACUUGCGACUCACAAUGGCUCAGCUAAUAUCUUUAAAUACAGCUAUGAUAAUAACAAAUGCAAGUCUCAACGGUUUGUGCGUUGAAUUUCCACAGUAUUGACACUAAAAGUACCAGUAGCAUAUAUUUUAUCUUUUUUUUCCCACAACACCCUACAGAAGAAAAUAUGUUUAUCCUUUUUUUCCACAAAGGUUUCAUGCUUUUCUUUAUUUACUUUUUCAAUUUUGCUCUACUGCCUUUUUAGUUUUUCACAUAAAAUUGGAAUAAAAUAGAGAUCACUUUAUGGUUGUAACUUGACAGAUGAAUUAAAAGGGUACGGAAAUGUUUACACACUAUUGCAGAUGUUUCAAUUCAAGACCUUUAAGCCCCCAAAGCUACUUCACACUCUUUAAAAAUAAUACAAAAAUUGUAAUUCCACAGCAUUUGGUGUUAUAAACCAGUGUCUGCAAAUCCAGACUGAAUUGAUGCUGCUGUAUAUAACUAUUGUUUUUUAGAUCAUUUUAAAAACUGUCACCAUGUUGUGACCGUAUAUUAUGAGAUAGAUCAUCAGUAAAAACAUCAAGCUCCUUUACCUUUCCUUUUAGCUGUUAUUGAAAUGAAGUGGGUUCAAUAUUUUAGCAUUAAAAACAUUUAUUACCUGUGAAUAGUCCUUUGAUACAAUAUAGGACAUUAACUUUUCAAGCAACUGGACCACAUUCGUAUAAAUAUGUGUUAAUACAGAACUGCGUUACAACUCAAAGCGCUUCAUUAUACAAAAGGCAGACAUUUCAGUUUACAAUGCACCGAUAACAGAGGUCACACGGCUCUUUGAGUCUAAAUAAUUACAUUCUGACAAAAACAAGAACG